CAAACAGUUCUCCCAUACAGUAUAUUGGAACGUAGCUGACCAACUUUACAACAUAAAAAUUAGUCCUAUAUAUUAAAGCGAAGCUGUAUAAAAUAUCUGAAGGAAGAAAGAAGAUGAUGAUGGGACAGGGGAGCUACAUGGCGCCGGCGGGAGGGAAUCCGGCGGUGGCGGUGGUGGGGCAACAGUUCAUGGCACCAUACCCGGUUGAUCUAACCAUUGUGCGGAAGAUGAUGAGCAUUUCAGAAGGUAACUUUGGGGUAACCGAUGCAAAUGGAAACAUCAUGUUUAAAGUGAAGGGUAAAUUCUUGAGCCUUCGUGAUCGCCGUAUCUUGCUCGAUGCUGCCGGUAAUCCCAUCGUUUCUCUCCAGCAGAAGAUAAUAAGUCUACAUAGGAGAUGGGAAGUUUAUAGAGGGGAUAGCAAAGAGUCCAAAGAUUUACUCUUCACUGUGAAGAAGUCGUCUCUCCUCCAAUUCAAAACUGAAUUGGAUGUUUUCUUGGCAUCUAAUACUUCUGAAAGCAACUGUGACUUCAAAGUCAAAGGCAGCUGGUUGGAGAGAUCAUGUUCCAUUUAUGCUGGAAAUACUUCAACUGUCAUAGCCCAGAUGCACAGGAAGCAUAGUGUUAGUAGCGUUGUGCUUGGAAAGGACAAAUUUGCAGUGACUGUGUACCCAAAUGUUGAUUAUGCCUUCAUCGUUGCCCUCGUCGUGAUUCUUGAAGAAAUCAAUGAAGAUCGCAAAGAUGAAGACUAAAUCAAGGCUGCUUACUCACAUAGUAUGUUUGCCUAUUCAUAUACUAGUGCGUCUAUCCUUACUGUUUUCGUUGCUUGUUUGACAAAAAGUUUCCUUUACUCUGGUUUCUUAAGAACUUCAUAAUGUGUAUGUUAAGGAGUUGAAACUAUGAAGGUACUGUAAUAUGCCGAAUGUUGUUUGUCGUAAGUUAAUAUGGAAUAAAUGUGUGCUUGCAUUCGUAGAUAA